AUAGUUAGAUCUUUGAUAUAUACUAUACUAGGAACUCGACUAGACCUAGUAUUCAGUAUGUUAAUAGCAAGCCGAUAUUAUUUAAACCUAUUAAAGAAAUACUACGAGCAAAUCAAACGAAUUCUACGAUACGUACUAGAAAUACUAGAAACUAGACUCGAGUACUCUAGA